AUGUCCACGCUAGGCACAGCGAUCGAGUCGCUAACCGCGGCAAUGAAAUGCAACAUAAUUCCCAACCAAGAGUACCUUCUACAAGGCUCAGUAUUAGAUCAAUACGUCGAGGUCCUUUUGCACCGUUUGAGGGGCCUUUGUGAUAACGUAGACAGCGGUCCUGAAACCUUCAACGACCACGAAUUAUGCUACUCGCUAAGAGCGAAUAGUGCCAACACACCUAUGGUAUUACCACUCCGAGUUAGAAGAGCUUUGGAUGUAAAUGAUGCGCCUUUUCAGCUGCGCUACGUCGGUCAACAAGAAUUAGGUGACAAAAAUAGGCCUACAGUUGUAAGAUCUUGUAUCGAUAUGGCUUGUAGUUCUACUAUCAUUGAUUUUCUGACUGAACUAGGAUGUAGAUUAGAUUUUGAGUACAUUGCUCGAGGCUACAUGUUUAGGAAAGGACGCAUGAAAGUGACUGUAUCAAAAAUUUUCAAAAUGAACGGCAUGGCUACUAAACCUGGCGAGGGUGUUGAAGCUAUUUCUCAAAGUUACUUGGUGGAAUUGUCGGUUCAGGCCCCUUCAGGUCAAGACGCUAUCGCUGAAGACAUGAGAGUGUUCGCCGAGCAAUUGAGGCCUUUGGUUCAAUUGGAAAAAAUCGAUUAUAAAAGACUGGGCAGUGUGAUGCCUUAG